AGACAGUGCAGGUCCGGAGCGGUUUGUAGAACGAAAAUUUAAUAAAUAGCUUUUCCCAGUGCUUCGUGUAGUGUGAGCAAGUAAGAACAAAAAACCUAUAAAAAACGUAAUUCACAUCAAAAUAAUACAGCCGCUGUGCAUAUACACCUUGACGGUACAGCUGCUUUGAGCCGCGCCUGUAGCCAUCUUGGGCGAGAAAGAUCUGUCAUCGGCCGGUUUGUUGAUCAACGCAAGCCGGCGUCGCGCCUCUCGGCUUAUCGAAAUAAUAUUGGGUGUGUUUGGCUGCUAAUUGAAUUAAACUUAAUUUACACAAACAUUAAACAAAACUCUGAGAAACUGCAGCUCGAAAUAUACAAUCUUUCGGCAGGUUCUACGACAUCUUAAUCCAGCAAUCAUGAGCAAGCCGUCUCGUUUUAUAUCCAGCGUUUGGAAACAUUUCGAGCGCCUAGGCGACCGAGCGAAAUGCCAAUUCUGCCAAAAUACGUUCUCCUUCUCGACCGGUUCGACGGCCAACCUGAAGCGGCAUCUCGCCCGCAAACAUCCGACGGAUCCGCUGGAGGAAAUGUACGCCGAGGUGGCGGAGAGCGAACCGUCCUCACCGCCCGAGGAGACCAACGGGGAGCAGACGUGGGACGACGGCAUCGAAGGCAUACUAAUACCAAAGGUAGAGUGCGUAAUGCCGCAAGUGGAAACGAAACCGAAACCCCAGCAGCUGGUGUCGAGCGUUUGGAAACAUUACGAUCGCGACGGAUCGACGGCCAAGUGUCACCAUUGCCCUAGGGUUAUAUCGUAUUCGCACGGGUCGACGUCGAACCUGAAGAAACAUUUGAUCCGCAAACAUCCGGAUGCUUCGCUCGAUCCCGAACCAACGCCGGGCGAUGAGCUGGCAGGAGAGCAGGGGGAAGACGAUCCUUCGUCACCAUCGCAAUGGUCGGAAGGCAUCGAAGGAAUAGUUGUCCCCAAGAAGGAGCAAGCGACGCCGGGCGGCAAAACGUACGCGGACAUUUGGAACCACUACGAUCGGGACGGUACGAUGGCAACGUGUCACUAUUGCUACAGAAGCAUAGCGUUUUCGGCUGGCAGCACGUCCAAUCUGAAGAAACAUUUGACACGUAAGCAUCCGAUGGUAACGGUUCAGAGCCGUCCGGCCAAGAAAAGGCAGAGCCUGGAGCGUAAGGUGAAAUUACCACAAUCACCAACACCGCUGAACGAUUACUUCGAUGAAGAUUCAAUCCUACCGGCAGUGGGCCUACAGCCCAGAAACAGGCCGAAACCAACGUCCAGCGUUUGGAACCAUUUCGAUCGCAGUGGCACAACGGCCAAGUGUCGCAUCUGCCUGAGAGUGCUCACCUAUGCCGGCACGACGUCGAACCUGCGGAAGCACAUCCUUCGCCAGCAUCCCACGCUGACGCUCGGUAAGCAGGAAAUGACGCGGAUUCAUCACGUCACACUGCCAACGCCACCGCAGCGCCAUCGCGACAGUGCGGACGACACGGAACGGCCACCAUUCACGGUCAAGCCGUUUGUGUCAGCCUCUCCGGGUGAGUCGAGCGACAGCGAGCAGCAGCAGCAGCAGCCCGCUCUAAAACCGCUCACCGAAGCCAGGCUGGCAAAAAUGCACGAGAGCAUUUUGCUGAUGAUUUGCCGCGGCAAUCAUACGUUCGCGAUGGUAGAGGAGGAAGCAUUUCAAGCGCUGUUCAAGCAGUACAGCCACCGGGAGUUUGAAAUGUGCAGCAAGUUUACCUUCAAACGGGUCUGGCUGCCGCAGGUGUACGGCAAGGUGCAGAGCCGUGUGAAAGCUGAGCUAGCGACGGCGCGGGCCAUUUCGCUGGGCGUUAAUUCGGCGACCAGCGUCAACCACGAAUCGGUGCUAAGCGUUACGGCCUAUUUUAUCGAUCAGAAUGGGCAGCUGUCGAAUGCGCUGCUGGAUUUUGCGCGCUGCACACCGAGCCACGGGGGAGAGAACGUGGCAGCACAGCUGGGCGAAGUGAUGAAGCUGUUCGAAAUUGACGGCAGGGUGCUUUCGAUCGUAACGGAUAACGAUGACGCCAGCAUGACGCAGGCAGUAGAAACGCUCAAUAUUCCCCACGUCGCGUGCUUCGCGCAUUCGAUCGAUCCGAUCGUAAUGCUGACAUUGAACAGCACCAUACAAGGCACACUAGACGAAGUGCGGCACGUGGUGGCGCAGAUCCGCAGCAGUGCGAAAGCACGCGAAGUGGUGGAGGGUACCGAAAACUGCGCACGCGUUACGACCCUAAAGCUGGACGUACCAAACGACUGGCACAGCACGCUGGACAUGCUCGGUCGGUUUGUGGCGUGCAAGGAAGCGAUCUUGGCCUGCUCGGCUGAGCUAAACAUUGCGUGCAAGCUGGAGGGUAAAGAUUGGCUCAUGAUCGAGCAGUCGAGCCGGGUGCUGCAGGAGCUCGCUACCGCAAUGCACGAAGUGUCGGCCGACAAGCUGGUCACCAUUUCCAAACCGUGCGUGCUGUACCAGCUGCUCGUUCAUCGGCUGGAAGGGAUGGCGGUGGAGCAGAACGUCCUGAUGGAUGUUUCCGCACUGGCCGCGACGCUACGCGACAGUAUCCGGGAGUGUUGCGCAUACGUGCGCAGCAGCCCACUGCUAACGCAGGCCGUCAUGCUCGAUCCCCGCUACAAGGCCGAAGGCUUCAUGCAGGACGAAGAGUGUUUGCAAAAGACGUACGAAAACAUCGUCGAGGAGAUUGCUGCCCUGCAGUCGGACGGUGGCGAAGGUGGCCUACCGAUGGAGCUAGAUAAGGAAUCGGAAACGGAACAGUCGCGCACCACUGAAGAGGCACUGUAUCAACUGUUCGAAACGCACAAACACAGCAAGCACGAUGGAUCGGCGCUAAAGGUAAGCGCCCAGUACGAGCUGGACUACUACCUGAAGGCGAAACAUUUGCAGCGCAAGGGGGACCCGCUGGAGUGGUGGGAACGUAACAAGCACUUCUAUCCGAACCUGUACAAACUGGCCAGCAAAAGGCUUUGCACACCGGCUGCAUGCGUUUCGGCAAGCGGGUGCUGUGCAAAGGCGGAGGUAGAGUGUCGGGAGCGUAAGAACCGGCUGCUGCCGAAGCGAAUCCAGCAGAUGGUGUUUUUAAAAUACAAUCACCACCGCUACCAGGCUGAUGUAGGGGACGAUUGAGCAGUGAGGUGGUAUGUUUCCCUAAGAUGAUGAUGAUUUUUAGAAUUGUUUAAGAAUGAAUUUUUAGAAUAAAUACUGACGAAGCUAUCAAAACCAGACUUUACAUUGCAA